ACCUGUUGGUAAUGCCUGCCCGACACCUACGGUCCGUACCAUGGGCCAAGCAAGAGGAGUGGGAGGAGGUUUAUUCUUGGCUUUAUGCCAGCGAUGUGCACUUGCGGGAGAAGGGUGUCAAAAGGGUCAAAGCGUGGGCGAGCCGAGGCAAACUUCCUCAUUCUGUAGACUCGACAGCGACACUAGUGGAGGUGUGGCUUCGGGAUGGAUGUGAAAGACCUGUAUCGGAGCAUGAAGUACGACUCAUGUAUACAAUGGCCUUUAUCCGGUUUGUGAACGGGGUGGUGGAUGCCAACCAGCGGGGAAUGUACGCUACAAGCGUUGCCAAUAUUGCAGAAGAACUGGGGUUACCGGGCUGGUUUGUUGAUCUGCGGCACGCCGGGACCCACGACCAGCUCCCAAGCUUGGCUCUUCUUCGGUCAGGCUGUGAGCAAGCUCUCCAAUGGCUUCACACAAACUAUUGGAGUUUGCAAAAAGCCUACUUGGCAGACACUCUCUCAGAAGUCAGAACCCUGCUAACGACGUAUAAGAAGAAAAAACGUGCAUUGCUUGACAAGGAAACCGAACCUAUACUCAAUGAGAUUGUGGCACUUACGACGACAGAUAAUUACGCCGAUGUACUUAUUCCAACCCUGCUUGAGGAGGGGCUCCUCGUUCCAAAAAGUCAAAAAAAACGAGCGACGUUCAAUGAAAUGAAAGUGCCUGACGGUUUCCUGGAGCUCUGGAAAGGUCCUUUGAUCCGCUUUGAGAAUGCAUGGCCAGGCUUUGCGGAAGAGCUGUUCCUGCACAUCGUGGAUAUACUGACCGGUUCUGUUGCAGAUACUGUCCAACCCUCUACAAAAUCUACCCACCAAGUCCUCGCUGCUUGGGCUCAUUAUGUUCUUCGUCAUUUCCUUCUUGUACAGGCUUCUGGAUGGGAUAAUGCACUUGAAGCAUGUUUGAAGCGACACCAUAUCUACACACGUGCUAUGGUCGGUUGUUUUGCAGAAGCCGUACCUAGUCUGCGCGAGAAGCUAUCUCCGUUCAUUACAUACAUGGACGCGACAGCAGCCGAACCCAAACGACGAGAUGCUCAAGCGACAAUGGAUUCUUCUCUGGUGGAGCAGCUAGAAGUCUUGCGCGGAAGAGUUGAGGCAUUCAAGAAUGCAGCAGAUCUCCAUGUCACCUCCAAAGGAACAUCCCUUCCAGGCAGCGACGCCGAAAUCAAUGAUGAACGUGGCUGGGUGCUGUACCCGUCCAAAGAAUGGCGUCCAUGCCCCAUAGGAUGUCUGCCGGGCGGAGUGUUGCCCAGCCUGGAACUGCCAGACUGGUUUGAUGAUGAAGAGUAUGUGGUAAAUGCAGGAAUAGUUCAAAUCCCGGCCUACAUGCCAGCCAACAUGGAAGAAGCAGCGGAGGGCGGUACCCAAACAACCUCGAUACUAGAAGAAGAAAUUGGCGAGCCAGAAAGUGAUGAGAUGGAUUUGGAUAUGCAACCUGAUCCUGCGCCUGCGGAGAUUGUAGAUAUUGCAGCCAUUUCGCGUAAAGUGGUCCUAUUGUAAUUUGUAUUGUAAUAGAGCGAUAAGUUAGACCAGACA